ACGCCUGUAGUUCCAGCACUUUGGUAGGCCAAGGCGGGCGGAUCAUGAGGUCAGGAGAUGGAGACCAUCCUGGUUAACACGAUGAAACCCCAUCUCUACUAAAAACACAAAAAAUUAGCCGGGCGCAGUGGCGGGAGCCUGUAGUCCCAGCUACUCGGGAGGCUGAGGCAGGAGAAUGGCGUGAACCCGGGAGGCGAAGCUUGCAGCGAGCCGAGAUCGCGCUACUGCACUCCAGCCUGGGUGAAAGAAUUGAGAUGGCCAUCCUGCAGUUCCCUUACGAGUCCUGGGGGACCCCGUUCCAGCAGCUGAAGCAGGUGGUGGAGGAGCCGUCACCCCAGCUCCCAGCUGAUCAUUUCUCCCCCAAGUUUGUGGACUUCACUGCUCAGUGCCUGAGGAAGAACCCCGCAGAGCGUAUGAGCUACCUGGAGCUGAUGGAGCACCCCUUCUUCACCUUGCACAAAACCAAGAAGACGGACAUUGCUGCCUUCGUGAAGGAGAUCCUGGGAGAAGACUCAUAGGGGCUGGGCCUUGGACCCCACUCCGGCCCUCCAGAGCCCCACAUCCCCACCUGGGGGUCAGUGCUCACCCAUACCAUAAGCUACUGCCAUCCUGGCCCAGGGCAUCUGGGAGGUACCGAGGGGGCUGCUCCCACCUGGCUCUGUGGUGAGCCAUUUGUCCCAAGUGCCAAAGAAGCAGACUAUCGGGGCUUCCGGCCUGGCCCUUCUCGGCCCCACCAGCACCUCUCCCUGCUGCUCCAAGGACCCGUCUCCAGCUCCUGAGAUCCUGGACUGAGGGGGCCUGAAUGCCCCCUGUGGAUGCUGCUGCCCCUGCACAGCGGGCCGCCGGUGCCUGGGUGGAUGGGCCACCGCCUUGCCCAGCCUGGAUGCCAUCCAAGUUGUAUAUUUUUUUAAUCUCUCGACUGAAUGGACUUUGCACACUUUGGCCCAGCCAGGGUGGCCACACCUCUAUCCCGGCUUUGGUGCAGGGUACACAAGAGGGGAUGAGGUGUGUGAAUACCUCAAGACUCCCAUGAGGGAGAUGCCAUGAGCCACCCAAGGCCUUCCCUUGGCACUGGCAAACAGGGCCUCUGCAGGGCACACUGGCUCACCCAGUCCUGCCCGCCACCGUUAUCGGUGUCAUUCACCUUUUCGGUUUUUUUUUUAAUUUAUCCUCUGUUGAUUUUUUCUUUUGCUUUAUGGGUUUGGCUUGUUUUUCUUGCAUGGUUUGGAGCUGAUCGCUUCUCCCCCAUCCCCUAGGGUACCAGCAGGCAGAGCCUUGCCCUCUGCUCAGGCUGGGGUCCAGUGGGAGGGGCCCAAGUUCUCUGCUCAGAGAAGUGCAGGGGGAGCCUUCCAGCUCACUCUCCCCUGAGGUCUGGCUUGACAGGGGCUAUGGGUUUCUUUUGGUGUUGUUUUUAAAAAAAGAAAAUAUAUUUUUUUGAAAAAACAACUGCCCAUCCCGGGUCCUUUCCCUGAUGGGUUGCGGCAGUUACCUGGUUGCUGUUUUAAUUAAA